CAGUAAUUCAUCUACUUGCAUGGUCCACGCUACAUAUUUUCAUCUUUAAAUAGGACACAACUGUCUUGGAAGCCUGUGGACCAGGGAAUGGAUAUGAAAGAAAUCAGCCAUGAUGGAAAAGUGUUACAUGCAGUACUGUGUUGAGGACUACUUGAAUUAUUAAUGUCUAGCACAGAGGGCUGCUUAGCUAUUGGUUCAGCGUGGCGUGAGGGAUUUUUAUUGUAAACAUUAAAAAUAACUAUGUCCAAGAAAAGCCGUGCCAAGGGAGAGAGGUCCGACAUGGAGAUAGAAGCAGUUCAGGCUGCUAAUGAGGAACUACGGAUUAAACUGACCAACAUCCAGAUAGAAUUCCAGCAAGAAAAAAGCAAGGUGGGUAAACUGAGAGAGAGAAUCCAGGAAGUCAAGCAAGAAAGAGAGCAGGAGCAGCACAAGCACACAGCCUACAUCUCUGAACUGAAGGCUAAGCUCCAUGAGGAGAAAAUGAAGGAACUCCAGGCUGUCAGGGAGCUGCUUAUCCGGCAGCAUGAGCAGGAAGUAGCUCGUAUGGUAAAAAUAAAAGACAGUGAAAUUCAACGCUUGCAGUCUACGGUGAACGUGCUGCGGGAUGGGGCAGCCGACAAAGUGAAAACUGCAUUGCUCAAUGAAGCCAGGGAGGAAGCUCGGAAAGCAUUUGACUGUGAACGUAUAAAGAUGCAGCAGGAGAUAUUGGAGCUGAAGACUGGUAAAAAGCAGCUUGAAGAAGCUUUGAACAAUAUUAUGCAGGCAGAUAAAAUGAAGGCAGCUGAUCUGCGCACGGCUUAUCAGUCCCAUCAAGAUGAGGUUAAUAGAAUAAAGCGUGAAUGUGAGAGGGAUAUCCGCAGGCUGAUGGAUGAGAUAAAAGGCAAAGACAGAGUGAUUUUGGCUUUGGAAAAAGAUCUUGGUGUCCAGGCAGGCCAUGCACAAAAGCUGCUGCUUCAGAAAGAAGCUUUGGAUGAACAGCUUGUCCAAGUAAAGGAGGCAGAACGGUACCAUGGUAGCCCCAAGAAGGAACUUCCUCCUGGAGUAGGGGAUAUCACUGAAAUGAUGGGAAGCCCGGAACAGCAUAUGGAUGAACGAGACAUACGGAGAUUUCAACUAAAAAUCGCUGAACUGAAUGCUGUAAUACGGAAGCUGGAAGACAGAAAUACCCUUUUAGCGGAUGAAAGAAAUGAACUGCUGAAACGUUCUCGGGAGACAGAAGGUCAGCUGAAGCCCCUUGUAGAGAAAAACAAAAGGAUGACCAAAAAGAAUGAGGACAUGUUGCAGUGUAUCCAGAGGAUGGAAGAAAAAAUUAAAAAUCUCACAAGGGAAAAUGCAGAAAUGAGAGAAAAGUUAUCCACGCAGCCGACUUUGAAGAGACACACUUCCUUGAACGACCUCAGUAGCACACGAGAGGAACAAGAAAUGGAAUUCCUGAGACUGCAAGUCAUAGAGCAGCAGCAUGUUAUUGAUGAUCUCACAGUGGAACGAGAACAGUUGUUACGCCCAAAAAAACCGAAAAGGAAAAUUCUGAAACCUCCAAAGAGGCAUGUUGUGGAGACGUUUUUUGGAUUUGACGAAGAAUCUGUUGACUCUGAAACCUCAUCCGUAACUUCGUAUAACACGGACAAAACAGACAGAACACCAGCAACACCAGAAGAAGACUUGGAUGAUAGUACGCCCAAAGAAGAAGCUGAUUUAAGGUUCUGUCAGCUAACCAGAGAAUAUCAGGCUUUACAAAGAGCAUAUGCAUUACUUCAAGAGCAAGUUGGUGGGACACUGGAUGCAGAGCGAGAAGCAAGGACUCGUGAACAACUGCAAGCUGAUCUCCUCAGGUAUCAGGCGAAAAUUGAAGAUCUGGAGAAAUCUCUGAUUGAAAAAGGACAGGAUUCCAAAUGGAUAGAAGAAAAGCAGCUCCUUAUCAGAACAAACCAGGAGUUGUUAGAAAAGAUUUACAAAAUGGAGCUGGAAGAGAAUCAGCUGAAGAACGAGAUGCAGGAUGCAAAAGACCAGAAUGAGCUGUUAGAAUUCAGAGUGCUCGAACUUGAAGAGAGAGAACGAAGGUCACCGGCAUUUAACCUCCAUAUAACCACCUUCCCUGAAAACAAUGGAAGUGCACUUCAACUGUUCUGUCAACAGGAAGGAAUAAAGGAUGUGAAUAUUUCUGAACUUAUGAAGAAGCUUGAUAUCCUUGGAGAUAAUGGGAAUUUGAGAAAUGAAGAACAGGUUGCAAUAAUCCAAGCUGGAACUGUACUUUCCCUCUGUGAAAAGUGGCUAAAACAAAUAGAGGGAACAGAAGCUGCACUGACACAGAAGAUGAUGGACCUGGAGAAUGAAAAGGACCUGUUCAGUAAACAGAAGGGUUAUUUAGAGGAAGAACUCGACUACAGGAAACAAGCUCUGGACCAGGCUUACAUGAAAAUCCAGGAGCUGGAAGCCACGCUAUAUAAUGCUCUGCAACAGGACCCUGGAAGGCGGGCGAGUGAAUCAUUGAAUGAAGUGCAGAGGGAUGAUUUACGAGCUGCGGUGGAGAAGGUACGGAGGCAGAUCCUGAGGCAGAGCCGCGAGUUUGAUAGCCAGAUCUUGCAUGAGCGCAUGGAGCUGCUGCAGCAGGCACAGCAGUCUGGUCUCACCGCCACCCUCUCGGCAGCCUCUGCAUCCCUGAGGUACCAGUCUCUGGAGUCUGGAGCGGCCUUUCUUGGCACCUUUAGUCAGCAUGGACACCUUCAGCAGCGGAUUCGAGAGCUAGAAGAUAAAAUAGAACUUCAAAAGCGGCAACUCAAAGAAAUAGAGGAAAAGCAUUCAUUGUGUGGCCUUGAUGAUGCUCCUGAGCCAAGAAAUGUGGAUAUUAAAAGAGCCUAUGGAGUGAACAACUGAAUCCACUUGCAAAAAACAGAAAAUAAUUAUUUGAGCAGCUUUAAAUUGGAGCAUUUUUGUCAUGAAACAUUUGCAUAAUACUUCAAGCUGCAAGAUAUUUGAAUUAAAAUUAGGAAUUUUUAAAGCUAUAGUUUCAAACUGGAAUGAUUUGAUAAUCAGAUAAGGAUCAGCACACCAUGAAUGCUAAAAAAAAUCUGUACAGAAUUUACAAAAAAGAAUCGAGCACUGGGAAAAAAUAUCAAGUGCAAUUACUGGCUGCUUUGUGAACUAUUAUCUACCAAAUGGUUUUAUUAUGAUACCGUGUCCUUAUGAUACCAUGUCCUUUGUGUCUCCAUAUUGCAUGCUUUCAACAAAGGUGGUUUGUAUUUCACCGAAGAACUACAGAAGCUCCUUUUAAAAAUAUAUAUAUAAAAGCUAAAUGCUGACAAUAAAUGCCAUAGUAAAUAUCUGAAGGGGGAAAAACUGUACAAAAUUGGAAAUGGAGAUUUAAAAACACACUGGUAAAAUUCAUACUAAAUUGUUAGAGUCUGAAACCACACAGAUAGGAAAAGAGAGGAAAUCACUGUUUAGAGAAAGCAACCAAAUAGGUGAAGUGGAGUUCUCAGAAGUUAGUGGUUGACUCUGAGACAUGGAGAGGUUAACAUGCAGCAAGGGAAGAAGCUAAAAUCGUUGGAUAAAGUAAAACUGUAGGGAGAGUAGGAGUUGCAUCAGAGAAUCAAAUCUUUGAAUGCCACUUGAAAAUUAAAGCAAUCACUUGGAAGGAUUUCCUUUGGAAGAAUGAAUGAUCUUGAGAUGAAAUGGAAGCUCAGGAAAGCACAACAUACGACUC